CCUCAGUGCAUGAGAUGCGGACGCCCAACUACGAAAUUCAUCACGAGGUCGUCAAACAGAAAUGGGAAUGCAGGCCGACCGUAUUACAAAUGCGGUCCUUGCAAGAAGUUUCAUAACUUCGCGGAUAAUCGUGGGAUCAACACUGAUAAUCCGAAGUGCUGCUGUGGCCAAGUCAGCAGGAUGCAAAAAUCAGGGGUUGGAGUUUUACAUUUCGUUUGUCAAUUUGGGUGUUGUAAUUUCUAC